AUGGCUUUUAGUGAGAAGGUUCAACCCGAGAAUGCCGUCGUAACGUCCAAACCAAAAGUAUGGAAGCCACUACUGAGAGUUUCAAACGCGGAAGGCUUGGAAUUAUUGUGUCGUCAAAUCAAAGGAAAUCUAAACAAGCUGACUAUCGAGAAAUUUGAGACACUAGCUGAAAAAAUCGCAAUACAAUGUGAAUCUUUGGAUAAUUAUAGUGACCUUCAAAAGGUUGUCGGACUUAUUAUUGAUAAGGCCGUUAUAGAACCUGAUUGGUCCGAGAUGUAUUCUGAUUUAUGCCAGAUCUUGUUCUGGCGAUCACGCGACUACGAAGUUGAUGGGAAGAAAUUAUCAUUUGCGACUGCGCUGUUAACCAAAAUCCAACAUGAAUAUGAGUCCACUCCCCAAACGUUUGAUUAUGAUCUUUCUGCUAUGUCAGAGGACCAGGAGCUAUACGUGAAAAAGUUAAAAACAAAAGUUUUGGGUACCAUAAAAAUGAUUGGUGAAUUAUUUCAGCGCAAGAUGUUAGGAUUUAAAAUUGUCAAUAAAGUGGUAAUUGAUUUGGUUAUGAACCAGGAACCACAUGAACAUUUCAUCGAGUGUUUUAUUCAACUAAUCUACAGCACAGGAUAUUACAUUGAUCAGAGUCCAAAUAUGCGCCCAGUUCUAGACAUGUGGUUCGGUAGAUUAAAAGAGCUAAUGCUACGCAAGGGAUAUUCCAAGAGAAUUAAAUGCAUCAUACAAGAUGUCUUAAAUUUGCCAAAAGCACAAUGGCAUAAAAAGGUGCACAGAGAAACAGCGAAGGCCUUAAAUGAUUUGAGAGACCAAGUUCACUCAGAAGACAUUCUGGGAGGGUCUGCCUUAGCUGCGCAAUUUGGUAAUAUUGUCAUAGUUGGACAAAGAUACAAUCUCUAUGCCAACUGUACGUACGGCGGAUAUAUGAAACGUCAAGAGGAGUUAUUUAAAGCUAAACGCAAUUCCACUACAGAAAAAUAG